UCGUAGGGAGCGCUGAGCAAGCAAAAUGGCAUCCUACUAAAGAGAAAUCGUGUAUCCGUACAUACAUUCAUUGCAAGUAGUCAAACAUUGUCAUCAUUGUGAUUGUUAGAACCGCUAAGUGUAGUGGUUUUGUGUUACAUUUAUUAAUUAUUUACCGAACUUUAUCAUGGGAACAUCAGAUUUGGAAGGUCCUGAAUUUAAAGGAGAACACUUAGGAUUAGACUCGGAUACAGAUGGAUUAAUUGAUCAAAAAAAGAAAAAGAAAAGGAAACAUAAGCAUCAUAAGCAUAAAAAAGAUAAAUUAAUUGAGCGGGAAGAUGAACGAAGAGAAGACAGACAGGAAAGAAGAAAACACAAGAAACAUAAGAGACAAAAAAGAGAACGAGAAAUAGAAAAUGGUACAGUAGAUGAGAAAUUAGUCUCCAACGUAGUACAUAAAGAAGUUGGUGUGAAUGGAAAAGCAAAAAAUUCUAUAUUGGAAGUUCUUUCGACAGAAGAAAGUGAAGAUGAAAAAUUAGUUGAUUUAGAUUCAGAUGAAGUAGACUGUACAAUCAUAGAAGAUGAUAUUGAUCUUGAGGAGUUAAUGAAACAGAAGGAACGAUUGCAAGCGUGUUUAGCAAAUGUACAAUAUCUGUCGGAUGAAUCAGAGAAGGCAGAUGAUAAGGUUUCAUUGCGAGAAGAAGAAGAGACGAAAACGGCGAUAGAGACACCUGAUGUGAUACUGGUAGAAGAUGAUAGCGACACCAAUGAUGCACCACCGAAGAAACGAGCUAGAAGCAAAUCGGGCAGUAGAGAACGUAAGAAAGUGAUAAAGGCCGAAAGACGUGUUGUAGUUGAUAUGACUAGAGACAGAAAAAUUCGCGAACAACAUAAAGAUAAGAGAAGAGAUUUUGAUAGGAAAAAAGACGAGAAAGUCCGUCCUACUAGGGAGGAAGGAAAAAGAGAAGAGAUACGAAAGGAUGAUAGAUCUUCACGGAGGACUAACGAGAGGCAGAAAGAAGACGCAAGAAAGGAUGAAUCUAGUAGGAAACCAGACGAAGAUCAACAGAAACGUAAAGAUAUUGCAAAAAGGGAUGAGACGCGUAAGAAGGAAUCCGAUAGACGCGAAGAGAGCCGAAGGCGAGAACCUGUUCGUCACAGUUCAAAAACUCGUAACAAUGAAGCAAAAAGUUCAGACAAUAAAAGUCGUGAUAGGUUGGAGAGUCGUGAGCGUCAAGACAGUCGAGAUCGGCACAUUAGUCACGAUCGACGUAGUCGCGACAGACCGUCAAGCAGAGAACCUCGUAGACAUGCCAGUCGCGAUAAAAGAGAUAGCAGAAGUAAAGAUCGGCAUGGGAAUUGGGAGAGACACGACAGUAGUCGCGAUCGACGAGACAACCGUUAUCACGACCACCGAAUCGGCGAUCGCUCCCGUAGCACUGCAAGGAGAUCUCGCAGUCUUACUCGAAUAAGAUCAGAAAGAGAAAGAAACGAUCGGUACAGAAGAUCAAGAUCGCUUUCUCGAAGUCGUAGAGAUAGAGAUAAGCAGCAAAUCAGGGACCAUGGUAGGGAUCGCGAAAGAGAUAGAGAAAGGAAUAACAAAAGAGAACGCAAUGAUAAAUAUAAGGAUUCGUUAUCAGAGGGUCUCAAGAUAGAACACUCAGAGAGCUCGAGCGAGGAGGAUAUCAAGGAUAUCAAUAUAGAGGAAGAAGAAGAUGAAGAGGCAAUUAUAGAACGUCGACGGAAACAAAGAGAAGAAUUGCUCAAGAGACUGAGUGGACCAAACGAAGAUUCCAAUAUGUCUACCGAUGUAAACGUUGUCACUGGUUCUCCGGAAAGUCAAUCUAAUAUAUCGCAAAAGUCUGUAGAGAUUCCAUCCAAUAAUAAUGAAUCUGUUUUGGAGAGUCACACCCCACCACUGCCUACAGAAAAGCUGGAAUCUCCACAAUCAUCGAUUAUAAAACGAAAAUCUAGAUUCGAAGAUGCCCCAUCUAACGAACCUGACAAGGCCGUGAACAAGACGUCUGAGAGACUUAAACAGGAAGAGAAGCAGAACUCAAGGAAAUCCAACGAAUGGGACAUGUUUGCAGAAGCGGAUAAUAUAGGCGAUUUUAAUAGUCCAACACUCGAAGGAAAACGACAAGGAGGUCCAGACAAUCCUAGCUUAACAGAUAACUGGGAUGACGCCGAAGGAUAUUAUCGUGUGCGCGUUGGCGAAACGCUCGAUACGCGGUACGUAGUCUACGGAUAUACUGGACAAGGAGUAUUCAGCAACGUCGUAAGAGCGAGAGACAGCGCUAGAGGAAACCUUGACGUAGCUGUAAAAAUCAUCAGGAACAAUGAAAUAAUGCAUAGAACUGGUCUGAAGGAGUUGGAAAUUCUUAGGAAAUUGAACGACGCAGAUCCAGAGGACAGAUUUCAUUGCCUGCGUCUUUUUAGGCAUUUUUUUCAUAAGAAUCACUUGUGCAUGGUUUUUGAACCUUUAGCAAUGAACUUAAGAGAAGUGUUAAAAAAAUAUGGCAAAGACGUUGGUUUACACGUUAAAGCGGUAAGGUCGUAUACGCAGCAACUUUUUCUAGCACUAAAGUUAUUAAAACGUGCAAAUAUUCUGCAUGCUGACAUCAAACCGGAUAAUAUUCUAGUCAGUGAAAGCAAGCUAGUGCUGAAACUCUGUGAUUUCGGUUCCGCAUCACACGCCCACGAAAAUGAGAUAACACCAUACUUAGUCUCGAGAUUUUAUCGGGCUCCUGAAAUCAUUCUUGGUAUACCGUAUGAUUUUGGCAUUGACAUGUGGUCCGUGGGGUGCACCAUAUAUGAACUGUACACGGGAAAAAUAAUGUUUUCGGGGAAAACGAACAACCAAAUGUUAAAGUACUUCAUGGACCUAAAGGGCAAAAUGCCGAACAAGCUAAUUAGGAAAGGCACGUUCAAGGAUCAACAUUUUGACACUAACUGCAAUUUCCUGUAUCACGAAGUUGAUAAAGUUACGGAACGGGAAAAAGUCGUCGUGAUGUCGACGUUGCCAGCGACUCGCGAUCUUAAUGCGGAACUUGGUGGAAACUCCCUACCGCCGGAACAAAGCCGCAAAGUCGGACAGUUGAAGGAUCUGUUGGAACGCACGCUAAUGCUAGACGCGGGGAAGAGAAUCACUGUGAAUCACGCUCUGGCGCAUCCCUUUAUACAAGAAAAGAUAUAGGUAACCCUGCCUGGGGUCCUUUAACAUCGAAGAAUUCACAUUGACGUAACUCUGUAAAGUGACGACGUUAUUAAUCUUGAUUAAGUUCUUAUAAACGUUCCAGAUUACUUGGUAGGAGCGUGGUUAUCUCUUUAUCUCUCUAUCUCUUUGUUUCACUCUCAUUCCUAGCUGCCCACUUCCCUUGCCUAAGUACUUUCAUUUCUACAUAGGAUACCCCUAUGUUCAUUUUCGCAGGAAGAGGCGGUGCAAAAUCACAAAAUGGUUCCGUGCGAUGAGAAGUGUAUAAUAAGAAAGAUUAUAGUUCUAAAUAUAAUCGCACACAAGAUGUAUUACGUAACGUAUAAUUUAAUUGCUCGAAACGUUGUACUCCAUCCGAUCUGGAAACGUCGCUUACUCGUGACUACUGUCAGAUUAACAGAGUAGUAUAACGAUUCGAUCUACGGAUAUGUAUCUUCCCGUUUAAAGCAGUGAUUUUAAACGGAAGUCGAGUUGUAUCGAUUUCACCUUGGUUACAUUGCAUUUUCGUAAGCAAAACGAGGAUAAAAUGAUAAAAUCGCAACAACCGCCUCUUUCAGCAUGAACUGGCAUUGAAUGUUGGAAAGCUUAGUAUAACGAUGAUUACGCGCUCAUGAAAUUGUACGUUACGAAGAAAAGGUUUGAUACCUAUAAAGAACUGUAUAAGGCCCUUCGGAUCACACACUGCUCGAUCCGUUUUAGAGUAUCAUCGGCGACACACAUGCACACACAUUAGAAGCCUUAGCGGCAAGGAGACUUGUUCUAAUUGGGAUAUAAGCAAAUUGUAUAGCGAACAGAUGAGUCUUCGAUUCAAAUCAUCGUUAAUCAUGCGGCCGGACCUUUCGAGGGCCCUUAGCGCCGAUCCCGUUACAAGCCCUCCCUGUGAGGAGGGGAGGCAAUGGAAGAGAUGAUGAAAACAAUUGAUGAGGAGGGAAGGAAAAUGUGCGAUAGACUUGCGCCUACAUCAUGUCUACUGCAUAAAUAUACAUGCACUGUCGCUAAACAGUACAGCAAGGUUUAUACGACGAUUUAACUGUAUUUAUAUCCGCGCGCUAAGAUUUGUCUUAAAGUUGCUUGAGAUCGCAGUCGAGGACUCGUAAGUAUGUAAAGCAGGUAAAGUACAUGAUUAUAAAAAUUUCAAACACCACCAUAACAAGAAUAAUUAACAUUUGUAUCUCUAUUUUUUUUUUUAAGUUUUUUUACAUAGAAACUAAGUAUUUAGACAAAUUAGAAAUAUUAAGCUAUGUAAUACUAAUAUUUACGGUUUUGAGUUUUCAGAUUUUUAAAGACUACGGUCUAUCAAAGCGAAAAGCAGAUGCGAAAAUACUAUUAUUCUCGAAAAUACUACUUCUCUCUAUCACUUUCUUUUCAUUUUUCUCUUGUCUCUUUCUUUC